GUUGACAAUCUUUAGUUACUUGACUAUUGGGGUUAGCGGUCAACUGCACAUUGUGUAAAGCAUUGUGUGCCCAUAGACCCAGACUACUAUACAUUGAGGACUUAGGGGUUACGUCAAGGCAUGUUUACAUAUCGUGGGGACACACCCCUUCUUCCACGUGGUUAGGUUCGUCGUCGGACCUGCAAGGACCUGAACAUUGCCCUUGAACUUCGAACCCUUGAAUGACUACAGCUAGACUUUCCAUUGUACACUAAGGGAUCGAUAGAAGCAAGGAUGUCUGACUCUUCUUCAACGUUCAAAGAACUGUACGCGGAUAACGUUGGUUUAAUCGGUGCGAGUGCACUAACGCUUGUUGGACUAGCGGCUGCAAGCUACUACAUGACGUCACGACCCCCUCAAGUAGUCCCCCCAGUGGACCUCAGUGACCAGUCGGUGGAGUUGGAGGAUGGAAGUCGAAUGUCCGCCUACCCGAAGGCCAAGGGUCAGUUGAUGCACUACCUGUACGAGGACGCGAGGACCCUGUACGAAGUCUUCCAGAGGGGCAUACGACAGUCUAAUAAUGGCCCCUGUCUUGGAGCAAGGACGGGCCCCAACAAGGAAUAUGAGUGGCUCUCUUACAACGAGGUAUACGAGAAAGCCCGUGCCUUUGGUUCAGGACUUCUUCACAAGGGAGUGAAGCCAGGAAAAGACUCCUUCAUAGGAAUAUACAGCAAGAACAAAAUCGAGUGGACGGUGGCGGAACAAGCCAACAACAUGUUCUCUAUGGUAACCGUGCCCUUGUACGACACCCUGGGGAUCCAGGCUUGCAUCUACAUCAUCAACCAGACUGAACUGAGCACCCUGGUGUGUGACAGUCCAGACAAGGCUCAGCUCAUCUUGGACCAGGCUCAGCAUCUUCCAUCCCUCAAAAGGAUCGUGAUGAUAGAGGCGAUCUCCAAACAGAACCAAGAUACUGCCGCCACAUACAACAUCGAGAUGGUCCUGUUUCGUGACAUAGAGAAACUUGGACGUGAGAAUCCCAAAGACCUGGUGCUCCCCACCCCAUCUGAUCUCGCCACCGUGUGUUACACCAGUGGCACCACAGGUGAUCCUAAAGGGGUGAUGUUGUCACAUGCUAAUCUCAUCUCCAACUUAGGAUCUGUUAUGUUCCACAUCUUGGACCACAUUGACCUGAGCCCGAGUGACCGCCAUCUAUCCUACCUCCCUCUUGCUCACAUGUUUGAGAGGGGCAUGCAGAUACUGAUGUUCACGGUGGGGGGACAGAUCGGCUUCUUCCAGGGUGACAUCAAGCUUCUCACUGACGACAUGCAGACCCUCCAACCAUCAUUCUUCCCCACGGUGCCCCGCCUACUCAACAGAAUCUACGACAAGGUGAUGAACGGCGUCCGUGGCAGCUUCAUUAAGAAGACGUUGUUGUCGUGGGCAAUCAACAGUAAGCUGGUGGAAGUACGGGAUUGUGUGAUCCGAAAGGACACAAUCUGGGACCGCCUGCUAUUCAAGAAGAUCCAGAAGAUCCUAGGGGGUAAGAUCAGACUCAUCAUAUCUGGGUCCGCGCCACUCUCACCAGCGGUCCUCGACUUCCUUAGGGCAACGAUGGGAUGCAUGGUGCUAGAGGGGUAUGGUCAGACGGAAUCAACAGCAGGCAUCAGCUUUAAUAUCCCAGGAGAAAGCUCUGCAGGACACUGUGGACCUCCUCUGGCGUGUAACUACGUCAAGCUGGUGGAUGUUCCCGAAAUGGACUACUUUGCCAAAGAUUGCAAAGGAGAAGUAUGCAUCAAGGGUCCCAAUGUAUUCAUAGGCUACUACAAGAACCCAGAGAAGACCGCUGAAGCUAUAGACAGUGAUGGUUGGCUCCAUACGGGAGAUGUAGGGGAGUGGCUGCAGGAAGGAACUCUUCGAAUCAUAGACAGAAAGAAGAACAUUUUCAAACUUUCCCAGGGCGAGUACAUUGCCUGUGAGAAGAUCGAGAAUGUGUACACGAGGAGCCAGUUUGUUGCCCAGUGUUUCGUGGACGGGAACAGCUCACAGUCAUGUGUGAUGGGCGUGGUCACUCUCGAGGAAGAAUACAUCACCCAGUGGGCGAGUAAGCGCAACAUCAACAAAACACCUGCUGAAUUAGCGACAGACAAGGACUUGAAAGCAGCUGUCCUAGCCGGCAUGUUGUCAGCGGGCAAGAGCGGAGGCCUCAAGGGCUUUGAACAGGUGAAAGACAUCUAUAUAUUCCCUGAACUCUUCACGGUGGAGAACGGGUUCAUUACCCCCAGCUUCAAGACAAAACGCCCAGUUCUGCGGAAAGCAUUCAAGAAGGAAAUAGAUGCAAUGUACGCCAAGCAGUAAACGUGCUGCCUGAACGCAAGACCAGAAAUACUCACCUCACUGGUCUUGGCCCUGCCGGGCAUAUAAGGAAAUUCCAAAGUUCGAAAUAGGAUUAUAAAAACAUUUCGUUAAGUUCUGAGACAUAAAAACUCCCUCCAUAUCCCCCCAAA